AUGAAGCUUGGCCUGGACGACAAAUUUCUUGUACUCCAAAAUACAAAACUCGGCUGGGUAGUUUCCGGUGGUUAUAAGGAGCUUCAAACUCAACCGAUCUCUAGCGAACCUUCCUGCCUACUAGUCACUUCGAAUGAAACCUUGUCAGAGCACCUGCGAUUGUUCUGGGAGCUGGAAGAGUACAUCAACACUCCUCCUCACUACAGCGAUGAGGAGAUCCGAUGCGAAGAACACUUCGCCAAACAUACGAAUCGCGACUACACAGGUAGAUUCGUUGUUCGGCUUCCAUUCUCGAAGAGCCCUGUAGCUCUCGGCAAAUCGCGGGAUAUUGCUGAGAAGAGAAUGCAUCAUCUUGAGCGAAUGCUAGAAAGGUAUCCCAAACUACGAGAACAAUAUCACACGUUCAUACAAGAGUACAUUGACCUCGGUCAUAUGAGCCUCGCCACGAGUAGUGCUCCAGAUGAAUGCGUGUUCCUUCCACACCAUUGCGUUGUUAAAGAAGCUAGCUCUAAGACAAAAUGUAGAGUAGUUUUUGAUGCAUCGGCCAAAGCAUACAACGGCAAAUCGCUCAACGAUAUCCUUAUGACAGGUCCCGUAUUACAAGAUUCUCUGGUGAACAUUCUAUUGCGGUUCCGGUUUCCUUCCGUCGUGGCAGGUGACGUUAGGCAAAUCUACCGCAAUUGCAGAAUAUUGUGCCGCUGGUCUAAGGAGGAACCACUGCUAGAAUAUUGCUUGAAUACCGUAACUUACGGUACUAAAAGUGCAUCGUACCCAGCGACAAAAUUCGUUCAACAACUUCUGCUUUCACAUGAGGAAUAUUUCCCAGAGACUGUCCAACGAGCCAUCAAGGGUACUUAUGUUGAGGAUGUCCUGACCGGCGCUGAAAACAUCGAUGAAGCAAAACAGCUUCGCCAAGAGCUCUGCCAAAUAUUUGCUGCCGGAGGUUUCCACCUGCGGAAAUGGGCUUCCUUCGAGUCGAAGGAGUACCUAAAGAGGAUCGCGAAAUGA